GUUGCAGAGAUGAAGCUGCUUCUGGCCCUGGCAGGGGUCCUCGUCACUCUGGCCAUGCCACAGACCUCUGACGGUGCCACUUCAGCUAUGCCGGGGAAUGUGGAGAACUCAGUGGUGCUGAACUGCAUGGAGGAGGCCAAGCGGCUCGUGGACAAGGCCUACAAGGACCGCCGGGAAAGCAUCAAGCAGCGGCUGCGCAGCGGCUCGGUCAGCCCCAUGGAGCUCCUGUCCUACUUCAAGCAGCCAGUGGCAGCCACCAGAUCGGCCGUGCGGGCUGCUGACUACCUGCAUGUGGCCUUGGGGCUGCUCGAGGUGAAACUGCGGAGCCUGUGGCGAGGACCCUUCAAUGUCACGGACGUGCUGACCCCCGCCCAGCUGAAUCUGCUGUCGCGGUCGAGUGGCUGCGCCUACCAGGACGUGGGGGUGAAGUGCCCCGAGCAGGACAAGUAUCGCACCAUCACUGGGCAGUGCAACAACAGACGCAGCCCCACGCUGGGCGCCUCCAACCGCGCCUUUGCGCGCUGGCUGCCCGCCGAGUACGAGGACGGCUUCUCGCUGCCCUACGGCUGGACGGCCGGGGUGAAGCGCGGCGGCUUCCCGGUGCCCCUGGCCCGCGCCGUCUCCAACGCCGUGGUGCGCUUCCCCAACGAGCAGCUGACCCCCGACCAGCAGCGCUCGCUCAUGUUCAUGCAGUGGGGGCAGCUGAUCGACCACGACCUGGACUUCACGCCCGAGCCCGCCGCCCGCAGCUCUUUCCUCACGGGCCUCAACUGCGAGAUCAGCUGCGUGCAGCAGCCGCCCUGCUUCCCGCUCAAGAUCCCGCCCAAUGACCCCCGCAUCAGCAACCAGCAGGACUGCAUCCCCUUCUUCCGGUCCUGCCCGGCCUGCACAGGGGGCAACAUCACCAUCCGUAACCAGAUCAACGCGCUCACCUCCUUCCUGGACGCCAGCAUGGUGUAUGGCAGUGAGGACCACGUGGCCACGCGGCUGCGCAACCUCACCAACGAUCUGGGGCUGCUGGAGGUCAACUCGGCCUUCCAGGACAAUGGCCGCGCACUGAUGCCCUUUGACACCCUGCAUGACGACCCCUGUCUGCUCACCAACCGCUCUGUGCGCAUCCCCUGCUUCUUGGCGGGGGACACCCGCUCCAGUGAGAUGCCGGAGCUCACGUCCAUGCACACGCUCUUCGUGCGGGAACACAACCGGCUGGCCACAGAGCUCAAGCGGCUCAACCCGCGCUGGGAUGGAGAGACGCUCUACCAGGAGGCCCGGAAGAUUGUGGGUGCCAUGGUCCAGAUCAUCACUUACCGGGACUACCUGCCUCUGGUGCUUGGGCCCAGGGCCAUGAGGAAGUACCUGCCCAGGUACCGCGGCUACAAUGACUCUGUGGACCCUCGUAUCGCCAAUGUCUUCACCAACGCCUUCCGUUAUGGCCACACCCUCAUCCAACCUUUCAUGUUCCGCCUGGACAGUCGCUACCAACCCGUGGCGCUCAACCCCCGAGUCCCGCUCAGUCAAGUCUUUUUCGCCUCCUGGAGGGUGGUGCUGGAAGGUGGCAUCGACCCCAUCCUUCGGGGCCUUAUGGCCACCCCUGCCAAGCUGAAUCGCCAGAACCAAAUUGUGGUGGAUGAGAUCCGGGAGCGAUUGUUCCUGCAGGUCAUGAGGAUCGGGCUGGACCUGCCUGCCUUGAACAUGCAGCGCAGCCGGGACCAUGGCCUCCCAGGCUACAGGGCCUGGAGGCGCUUCUGCGGGCUGACUGAGCCUGAGACAGUGGGCGAGCUGGCUACGGUGCUGAGGAAUUUUGACCUCGCGAGGAAGCUGAUAGCGCAGUACGGCACCCCCAACAACAUCGACAUCUGGAUGGGCGGCGUGGCCGAACCCCUGGAGAGAAACGGCCGCGUGGGCCCCCUCCUGGCUUGCCUCAUCGGGACCCAGUUCCGAAACCUUCGAGAUGGAGAUCGGUUCUGGUGGCAGAACCCAGGAGUGUUCAGCCAACAGCAGCAGCAGGCCCUGGCCAAGAUCUCCCUGCCCCGCAUCAUCUGUGACAACACAGGCAUCACCACCGUGUCUAAGAACAACAUCUUCAUGUCCAACACCUUCCCUCGGGACUUUGUCAACUGCAGCCAACUUCCUGCAUUCGACCUGACACCCUGGAGGAGCCAGGCCUAAGGCUGGGUAGGGGGACCCGCAGCUUGCUCUGCGCCA